AUGUGGUCGACUAAUAUAAUCAUUGUUGCACUACUUGUACAAAUAUUGUUAAUCACUGAUAUCAAUAGUAGUGCUAAUCGUCGUCGACGUCGCCGUCAAACAUCAGGAUCAUUAUAUGGUACAAAUGCAGGCUUAGGUUCAAGUGCGCCUGCAGGUUUUAAUUAUCCCGCAAAUACUAAUAUACAGGGUAUACGUUUGAAUAAUGCAGAUGCACGGGAUAUGUAUGGCAAUCCUAUAGGAUCAUCAUCAAAUACAGAUAAUAAUUUACAAAGUGUUAAUUUGUACGGUCUACCACGUCCACAACAGCAGCAAUUAUAUGGAACAAAUGAUCAAUCAUCAUUAAAUUCUUUAUAUGGUGGAAAUAAUUUUUAUUAUGGUAGUGGUACAAAUCCAAUUUUACGUGAUCAAUAUGGAAAUCCGAUCUCACCAGUUAGUGGAUCUGCUGGUAAUUCAUUGUAUCCGUCGUCAAAUGCUCAAAUGGCUUAUCCACCUGGUUCAAAUCAAGUUUUAACUAAUAAAGACUUUUAUGGUACGUCAUCAAAUACAAAUAAUAAUCAAUAUCCUUAUAAUAACAAUCCAUUACCAAACUCUAACACUUAUAGUGGAUUGAUGGAUACGAAUGCGAAUCAAAAUUUUUUGCCAAAUACAAACAAUAAUCAAUAUUCUUAUAAUAAUAAUCCAGGACCAAAUCCUAAUAGUUAUGGUGGACCGAUAGAUCCUAAUGCAAAUAAAAACUCAUGGCCAAAUACAAAUAAUAAUCAAUAUUCUUAUAAUAAUAAUCUCGGACCAAACCCUAAUACUUAUGGUGGACCGAUAGAUCCUAAUGCAAAUAAAAACUCAUGGCCAAAUACAAAUAAUAAUCUCGGACCAAACCCUAAUACUUAUGGUGGACCGAUAGAUCCUAAUACGAAUAAAAAUUCAUGGCCAAAUACAAAUACUAAUAAUCGAUUAAAUCAAAAUUCUGCUAAUUCUUGGUAUUCAAAUAAAGAUAACAAUUUUCAAAAUUCUAAUAGAUACGGACAACAAAAUCCAUAUUAUUAUAAUAACAGUUAUCGAUCAACAGUAUCAUAUUUUAUUAUAUUUCUCUCACUUUUUGCUACUCUUGUUUGA